UUUGAAAAAGUAAACCUAAAUACAGUGGUAAAAUGAGUGCAUCUCUCAGCUCCAAAUCCUCUGAUCUUCGUUGACAAUUUUUCAAACCACUGUGAAAGGCACGUUGAAGCUACCAAUAACCAGGAAAAUCUUCAAGAAACCCUAGUCUACCUUCCGAAUUGCGUUCUAUCUUGAGAAUAUCAUCUGAAAAAGCGUCAUCUUUUAUGCUUUUGGUGCGUGUUUCUUCGAACGCGCAUCUGUAAUUUUGAAUACUCCAUAGCCGGAAAGAUGAUGGUCCGGACUUAUGGCCGGCGUGGAAGAGGCGUAUCUCGAAGUUACUCAUGUGGUCGUAAUGGAUUUGAAGAUGGUGUUUCGUCCCAAGAAAGCCCUCAGGAUGUUUACAAUUUUGAAUUCUCGUCCCAAGACUCAGGCCGUUGGGCAUCAUCGUUAAAUAGUUCAGAUCCGUACGGUAUUGGGUCUUCUCAGGAGUGCCAGGAGCCGGAAAUAUUUCUUCCGGAGGAGGUGGACGUGGGUGUAGAUUUUGAGGAUCACAAUGGGCACUGGAAAUCCAAGAAGAAGAUGAAGGUCUUCGAUUGGGAUCCUUACAACUUGAAUUCGUCGCAGGAGUCUGAUGAAUUAAUGAUUUUACCCCCGAGGAGUGACAGGGAGAGUGGGAUUUUUGGGAAAUCAAAGAAAGAAAAGUCUGGGAAGAAGGGUAAGGAAAAUGGGGUUCUGCAGAAGAAGAAGAAGGUGAUGAAUAAGAAGGUUGUCCCAGAAGAGUCAGGAUCAAUUGCAGCCACAUUGAUGGAGACCCAAGAGCAUGGGGAGAUGAUGGAAAACGUUGAUGAAGUGAAUUUUGCAUUGGAUGGGUUGAGAAAGGGCCAGCCAGCAAGGAUCAGGAGAGCAAGUCUGUUAUCGUUGCUUUCCAUAUGUAGCACUGUUCAUCAGCGCAGACUUUUGAGGGCUCACGGGAUGGCUCAAACUAUUAUUGAUGCUGUCGUGGGGCUCCCCUCAGACGAUUCAUCGAGCAACCUCGCAGCAGCAGCACUGUUCUACAUUUUUAUAAGCGAUGGAUUGGAUGACCAUCUUCUAGAUUCUCCAGAGUGCAUACGAUUUCUAAUUAAAUUGCUGAAACCAGUCAAAUCUGAAGCUUCUGUGGCAAAAGCACAGACUAUUGGUAGCAAGCUUCUUGCAAUACGCUUGGACGCUGGUAUUUCUCAAGAUUUGGUGAAAACCGACUCUACUUCCAAUUCUAUCUUGAAAAAGGUUCAGGAAAUUCUUGUCAGUUGCAAGGAAAUGAAGCCUACAUGUGACAAUGACAGAAGUCAGAUACUGGAACUGAAUCCAAAAUGGAUUAGUUUGUUGACACUAGAGAAGGCUUGCCUAUCUCCAAUUUUAGUUGAAGAAACAUCUGGGACUGUCCGGAAAAGUGGAGGCACUUUCAAAGAAAAUUUGAGAGAGCUCGGAGGACUUGAUGCUGUUUUUGAAGUGGCAAGGAACUGUCAUUCGCUCUUGGAGGAAUGGAUGAUAAAGAUUUCGUCAUCAUUUUUGGAGCCAAAAGAUACUACUGCCUUGGAAAGUUUAGUGUUGCUUUUAAAAUCUCUGAAGACCAUGGAAAAUGCCACAUUCUUGAGUUUGGAUAUUCAGAACCACAUGCUGGAAAUGAAAGGAAAGCUGGACAGUCUUCGUUCACCUAGGUCUUUCAUAAAGCUCAUUUUAAGUGUCAUUGGGACUCUCUCAGAUGUUUUCUUGCAUAGACGCCGUUCUUCAGAAAACUUUCAGAACAAAAAGAUAUCUGAACUCUCGCACUCACCUUCAACAGUUGACAGCAAGGAGAUUAUUUCUAUCAUCUCCUCUCUUACUACAAGUGAGGAUGCCUCAUCCUCUAUGUGGUUUACUGAUUCUCAAACAGAUCCACUAGGCUCCUCUAAAUCUACCUCCAGUGAUUCUUGGUGGUCGAAAACAAGAAUAGACUCUUCCAAAUCUGGGUCAUGCCAUGGAAGCUCAAGACAUAUUUCGAAAAAUAAGAUAGAAAAUGCAAAUGACAUUGAUCACAAUAUGAAAGGAAGCAACGGAACCAAGGCAGUUCAUGUGACGGAUGAUACCCAAGAUCCUUUUGCUUUUGACAGUGAUGAUUUAGGACCUUCUAAGUGGGACUUGCUGUCCAGAAAGCAAAAAGUUUCUCGGCCUCCAAAUGGUAAGGCAAAGGUUCGUGGAAAUAAAUCUAGAAAUCACUCAACUCCUAUGUUGAGCAAUCAAGAGUCUUGUAAUGACAACCAUAAUAAAAGUAUCAGUUCCGGGGCUUCUUGUUCAUCUGCUGUUGAUGAAGAAAUGUCCAACCUUCUGGCUGACUGCCUUUUGUCAUCUGUUAGGGUUUUAAUGAACUUAACAAAUGACAAUCCCAUCGGGUGUCAACAAAUUGCUGCGUGUGGAGGUCUAGAAACAUUGUCUUCCUUGAUUGCCAGUCAUUAUCCCUCUUUCAGCUCAAGCUUGAAGUGUGUUUUUUCGUCUAAACCGGACGUCAAGCCUGACGAUCAAAUUGAUAGUCCACUCAGUGACCAAGAGCUCGAUUUGCUUGUUACUAUUUUGGGCUUGCUUGUCAAUUUGGUAGAGAAGGAUGGACGCAACAGAUCACGGCUUGCAUCGGCUAGUGUUUCUGUGCCUGGAACGGAAGGUUUAGAGGAGAGUUGCACAGAUGUAAUUUCAUUAUUUUGCACCAUCUUUUUGGCUAAUCAACGAGGAGGUGAAGCUGCUGAAGGAACUUCGAAUAUGGAUGAGGAGCAUACUCUAUUAAAGAAACAGAAGGAAGGCGAGAAAGUGAUCAUUGAAGCUUACUCAGCUCUCCUCAUCGCGUUCCUUUCAACUGAAAGCAAGUGCACACGAAACGCAAUUGCCGAGUGUCUUCCAGACAGGAGCUUGGCUAUCCUUGUCCCUGUAUUAGAGAAAUUCAUGGAUUUUCAUUUGUCAAUGAGGAUGAUUUCGCGGGAGACUCACUCUGCCGUUCUUGAAGUAAUUGAAUCAUGUAGGGUUCCAUGAUCAAGGAUAUAAUAAAGCAGGAAGUGAGAUUUUUUUUUUAGUUUUUUACGGUACCCUAACAUCUGUAUAUUCCUCCUGCAUUUGAAUUCUUGAUCUUGUUAUUCUUGUAAUUAUCGUAUUAGUUUUUUUUCUUAGUCUCAUUUCAAUGUAUACGAACAGAAUCUUUCUGUUCCUAACACUUGUAGAAGAAGAGAAGACAUACCAAACACAAUUAUACGCUUGACUGAUUUCUUAGUUUGCUGACUUGCUCAUUAAAAAAGAUUUAAUCGAGUGCAUCUCGAUAUAUAUAUGUUUUUUUAAAGAU